AUGGCUGAGAGAAAAAAUAGCAAAGCUGAUCCGUCGAAGCCGUCGUUCGUCGACGUUCCAAUCGAAAUUGCUGGGGAUAUUGUAAAGCUUUGCGAUAUGAACACAAGAUUGAGCUUGUCGAUGGCGUCGAAGGCACUCUACCACUUUGAAAAAGAAAUCGGCUACGACAUUUCUCUUCUACAGAUUGUGAACGCUGAACUGCGAGAGUUCGGGGGUGUGCCGAUGACCGGUGUGACGAUUUAUUUCGGACUUAACAGCCCGAAGCAAUCGAUGAAGUUUCACUUCUUGCAAUCGGGUGACUCGACAGACGUGAUGAGCCAGAAUACUCGUCUCUAUCACACAUGUUACAUGGGUGUUGCAUUGAAGCUUUACGAGCGUGUCGUAAAUAAUUCAAAAAUCACAAGAGUCGAUUUGGGAGUUUCCCAGGAUUUCAUCAGACAAAUGCCUUCAGUCUCGUGUAAGCAGCUUCGCAUUUGGGCGAAUAGUCUGAUUGACAUGGACCAGAUUUUCGACAAACUCGAAAACAAGGACAUUGAGGAUCUCGAAAUUCAGUUGAUCAGCAAUUACCGCCUCAGCCGUCAGUAUCCGGAGAUUAACAAUGCGCAUUGUUUGACACUUUCCCCGGGUAUUGGCGCUGAUGCGUUUAUGGCGCUCACUGCAAGAUGGAUGACUAUUAUGAAUCAUUCCAUCACCACGAACAUGCUCGAGGCCUUCAGAUGGGCGAAUGGUGAAGGUCCAAAGGACUUUUUGUAUCUCGAAGCUGGCGCCAGAAACAUUGACAUCACCAAGUGCCUCAAAAACGUGUGCCAUAUGAAAUUCGUUCUCGACAUGUGGGAAUUUCUGAUCGAAAAAGAUGAGAGAGUGCGCAAGUUCUUCAAGUCGAAAAAAUGCUGGCAGAUAUUCAGCAAUGUCAGCACCGAUUCCGCCACAUUGUGCGUUUUCGGAUAUGACGUCUGGUUUGUCGUCACCGGCAAAAUGGUCGACAUGGACAUCAUUUUCACUCACCCCAAUAAGCCAGUUGAGCAGUAG